ACUCCAUGUGGUUCACGGAGGAGUUUGUUCCUCGCAGUGGAGUGGAUUUUUCUUUUCUUUUCUUUUCUUUUCAGAGGGGAAUUGCAGAGACUGAUGCAGGAACACUAGAAAGGAUAUUGCGAAAAUUGGAAAUGCAUCCUCAUAGAUGCUGUCAGCGAAUGUACACAAAGUGUCUCCUUUAUAUCGAUAGCUGUGUGUGUUUGUGUGUAUGGGUGAAUCUCCAACUAUGGUACUUUUUCUGUCUUUGACAGAUAUUAAAGUAGUAACAAAGUAGUUUAUAUUUGAUGCAAUAUAAAAAUAAUUUAUUAAUACAUACCUUGGUUUAAUACACAGUAUAUUGUGUUAAUAUAGACCUAAAAAGAGCAUGGGUUUACACUGGACUAAAACAAGCAGACUUUGCCUUCUCAUUUCAGAGGACGUGAUCUAUUAGCCCUCACUGCUUGUUUUUCUCCACAGAUUUCCUGUCGAAGCUUCUUUCUGGAUUGGAUUCCUCCAUCUUUAGCUUGUUCUCCAUCCUUCUGGAGGACACUCGGAUCAUGGCAGAUGGAGAGCUACUGGAAGUCAGCGCAGGCCGGCUGAAGGAUGUCCCUGUGAAGGCUCAAGCCGGUUUCUUUGGAGGGAGCUGUGAUGUGAGUCUUGGCGGGACGCAGAAGGAUGACGUGAUGCUGAGAGCCCUGAGCCUGAUUCUGCUGAAGUCAACAUGCAAAGGUAAUUCAUUUGUGCGAGUGCAGACGGCGUGUUCUGCCCCAAACACACCCUGUGGUACUGAGUCACUGCCUGUCCUUUGUCUUAUCAGGCUGAGUGAACCGCUGAUCUCGCCCUCACAUUGCUGCUCUAUCAGUUGCACAAUGCAAAUGAGGUGAGUCCUUAGGGCGCAGUUUUUGUGCGUGCAUGAGCGAACCCACCGAAUGCCUGUUCAGAGGAGGAAACAAGUCAAUUGCAAUAAAGCAGGGUGUGACGCAAAGUAUCUCAAACAAAGAGCAUUCCCCGUGGGCCUCCAGUCUCUCCAUGUGACACACUUUCCCACCGUCAGCAGCAAGACACUGACAUUACGCUGCGCUCAACCGCUGACAGGAAGCAAAGGUAAGCGUGCAGCUUUUCUUGACCUUGGGUGAAGUGGAAUGCCAGCGGUUGGGACUUAGCCAAUGCAAUUUGAGUUUUAAAUGGAGAAAACAUGAAGGACUUUUACUGAAGAUAUUUGGAAAGUGACUCUAAUGGAAAGUAGAGCUUGGGGGAACUUGUUUUUUGAGUUUUUAAGACUGGACAGUCUAUUUUUUUUGGACAUUUUUCUAACCUUAUUACAUUUUUAGGUUCACAGUGUGACCUGAUACUCAUUCUUCAGCAAUUGUCUUGAGCUUUAAACAAGACGAAUGGAGAAAAUCGCCAUCAUGAUUGGGACGAUUAGUGAGUGGUUUUGGUGGGACCGGCUGUGGCUGCCGGGAAACCUCACGUGGGCCGAUCUUAAAGACGGAGAAGGGUUCGUCUACGCCAGAGCAUCCCACCUCUACGCCACCGUGCCUUUUGCCAUAGUCUUCCUUGUAGUCAGAUACCUGUUUGAAAGGUUGUUAGCGACACCGCUUGCAGCUUUGCUUGGCAUUACAGAGAAACCCAGAUACAAAGUGGAGCACAACGCUGUUCUUGAACAUUAUUUCAGUACAAAGUCAAAACACCCCAGACAGGCAGAUAUUGAUGGCCUGUGCAAAAAAUGCAGCUGGUCAAGUAGAAAAGUGGAGCGCUGGUUCAGAAGAAGACGAAACCAGGACCGUCCUGGGGUUCUGAAAAAAUUCCGAGAGGUCAGCUGGCGAUUGGUGUUUUAUCUGGCAGCGUUCGUUGGAGGAAUCAUAGCCCUGUAUGAUAAACCCUGGUUUUAUAAUUUGCGGGAGAUGUGGAACGGCUAUCCCAGACAGUCCAUGCUGGAUUCUCAAUACUGGUAUUAUAUUGUGGAGAUGAGCUUCUAUUUGUCACUAGUGCUCAGAAUAACCUUCGACGUCAAACGAAAGGACUUUAAAGAGCAGAUCAUCCAUCACUGGGCCACACUGACGCUCUUGGCUUUCUCUUGGUGUGGGAACUACAUCCGGGUCGGGACCCUGGUCAUGCUCAUUCACGAUUCCUCCGAUAUUCUUUUGGAGUCUGCCAAGAUCUUCAACUACGCCAAAUGGGAAAAAACGUGCAAUGGCAUCUUCGUGGUAUUUGCUGCUGUCUUCAUAAUCACGCGACUCAUAAUCUUUCCAUUCUGGAUCAUUCACUGCACGUGGGUUUAUCCACCAGACUAUUACCCACCAUUCUUUGGAUAUUACUUUUUUAACUUCAUGCUCGUCAUCUUGUUAAUGCUGCACACAUUCUGGGCAUUUCUGAUUCUGCGUAUGGUGAAGAUGUUCCUUUUCGGAAGUUUAACUAAAGACGAGAGGAGCGACAAUGAAGAAGACGAGGAAGAAGAUGGGGAAACCAGUGUGACUGAGGACAAUGACAGACAUGUGAAAGUGACCAAUGGCUGUGGAGCAGGAGGCGGGGCUAAUCACCACUGACACCUCUUCUCUUAAACUGUGAAGGACUUUGAAUUGCCCUCAAGGGAUGCGAGGAGCCAGAAACAUACAUUUGAUUGAUCGUCCCGCAGAGAAUAUGUCAGAAACUUGUCAAAACAACUUGCAUCUUUUAACAACACUGAAAAAACAAAGCCCCCCCACCCCCACUUUGUUUCUCAUGAGACAACUUGCUGUGUAUCUUUUGGCUGCUUCAAAACCUUUUUCCCCCUUUCAACUAAAAUUUUUUUUUCAUUAUGGCUCAAGAUCACAUGGGUAAUUAUAAAAGAACACUGCGCAAAGAAAAAGAAACUACUCGUAAGUUUUAAUCGACUCCUCAUUGUUUUUGAAGAGAUCACGUCACACUGUCUGCUCUCAUUGUCUGGCAUCGUCCAUCGAGGCUUCAUCCGCCGUGCUGUUGAGUUUUACAUCAGCCUCUGCUGUCCAACACACUAAUCAGAUGAGAUCUCAAGGUUAUGUUCCUGCAAGUGAUUUUGAAGAAGAACAUCUACUUUCGUAUCACUUAACAGCAGAUGUUGCUUUCUUUCAUUUUAACUUUGUGUCUACAUUGGAGAAGUCCAACAUUGUUUGUUGAAGAAGUUCACACUGCUGAAGGUUUUUUUUUUUUUUUUUUUGUAAGGGCCAUUUUCAUAAACUUUUGAGUCUCUCUACUGCUGGUUUCAAGCUAGUAGGCAUUUCUAUGCUUCCUCUGUAUCUGCACUAUCAAUAGCAGUUGCUUCAUAGCAGUCUGCUCAGCUCAAAUCACCAGCUGUCAAUGAAAAUGAAGGACUUGCAGUAAGUCAGUAGACGCCCUUUCACACUGAGUUUACAGAUAAUACACGGGUAAUGUGUCCCGGCAAUUGUUCCCGGAUCGUUAGAUUUUGGUUCAUUCACACUGCCAGUGAUUUCCUGAAAUCUGCGUGCAUUCACACACAACCCAUAAAGGUACCGUAAUGACACGUGACAUCAGGAUGUGCCGUGUAAUGUACGAGUCAAAAACGCUAAGCAUGUUAACCAGGGAUGGGCGAUACCACAUAUUUUGUUUUCGAUAUGAUACUAUUACUUUUAAUUGCCAGUAUCGUCAAUAUCGAUACAGAUACGAUAUGAUACUUCUAAACUGAACAUUUAGAUUAUGAAAUGUACUAAUUAUUAUGACUACAAUAGGUAAUAAUACCUCCUUUACUUUAUAUUUGAAAUGCAUUUUAACAUUCAAUACGCCUUAAUUGCAACUUAAAAUAUGUUUACUGUAGUGGUAACCAAGGAAAUUUAAAAAUACUAUAGUUAAAUUAUGUUCACUUUACCAUGGUUCAUUGUCAUAAGGGACUGGCAUUAAUAGGCUGUUGCAUGCUUAAAAUGCAACCUUUUUAUUCGGAGAGUGUAUGAUUUACCGUAUUUUCCGGACUAUAAGUCACACUUUUUUUCAUAGUUUGGCUGGUCCUGCGACUGAUAGUCAGUUGUGACGUAUUUAUCAAAAUUAAUUUGACAUGAACCGAGGGGAAAUUAGCAACACAAGAGGGCGCUCUAUGCUGCCCAGUGCUCCUGUAGUCUACACUAAAAAUAUAGAGCACCCUCUCGCGGCUGUAGACUGUAAUGUUUUCUCUUAGUUCUUGGUUCUAAAAAAAAUGUGACUUAUAGUCCAGUGCGACUUAUAUGUUUUUUUCCUCAUCAAGACCUAUUUUUGGACUGAUGUGACUUAUACUCAGGUGCGACUUAUAGUCCGAAAAAUACGGUAUAUUAACAAUACAGAACAGGACAUGAGCAAUAUGAGCUUUUAACAUUCAAAUUUAAGGGUACAAUUUCAAUAGGGUUAUUGUGAAAUAACUCAAACAUAUAGCCUAUCUUGGGCUGCCUUUUCCAAAAACAUAAAUGCUUUCUUAUUAUAGGCAUUUAUAAACAAAAUCACUGGUGAAUAAAAACACCUUAGUAUCUAUUUUUUUUUUUUAUUUGAGUAUCAAUUCUUUCGAUACUCGCAUCGUUAUCGAUAUAUCGAUAUUUUAGGAUCUUUUCGCCAAUCCCUAUUGUUAACAUUCACUUAAGUUCGCGAACGAUCUCAGCUUCAGCACGGAAAGUGAGGAACCAACUGAUCUCUGCUUCAUUACAGUUUGCUCAUAAUUUUUUUUGUCGCGAACAUUGAUCUAUCUUCAAAACACAUCAUCCAACAAUUUUCUGGGACCAUCGUGCAGUGUGAAAGGGGCUUAGUUAACUUCAAAAUUGUGUGCCACAAAACCAAAAGUGUUUUUUUAUGUUAAACUUUUUUCCGUACAUCUGUCAUAUUUGUCAUUCAGUCAUUCUAUUGUUCGUUCUAUCGUUCAGAAAUUCUAUCGGUCGUUCUAUCUGUCAUUCGGUCGUUCUAUCGUUCAGAAAUUCUAUUGGUCGUCGUAUCUGUCAUUCGGUCGUUCUAUCGUUCAGAAAUUCUAUCGGUCGUUCUAUCUGUCAUUAGGUCAUUCUAUUGUUUGUUCUAUCGUUCGGACAUUCUAUUGGUCAUUCUAUUGUUUGGUCGUUCUUUUGUUUCCGUCUUUCUAUAUGUCAUUAGAUCGUUCUACAGUUUAUAGGACAUUUAAAACUACCUAAGUAUAACUGAAGAAUGAUGUCUUCAUUAAAUUGUGUUAAAGAUUGUUUAAUAUGUCUUAUUGACAUUUUAUGAACUUAAUCUGGUUAUAUAAAUAACUGGUAGGAUACCUGUGAGUGACUGAUUUGGCUAGUGAUUUUAGGCUAUUUAAUUAGUUGAAAUUUGUAUAAGAGAAUGACUACAUAAACUGAAGAAAAUGAAAGUCAGGCCUUUGCAAAAAAAAAUUCUAUGACAAGUCAUUUUUGUUUGUCUGGGGCAAUGCAAAGACCCACAGAUCAGCAGACAUGGUUUUGAGAAUUUGUUAUGCAUUUAAUGUUUCAUGCACAGAAAGUGUAAAGGAAAUGUUGAAGGAUUUUUUUUAUGUUUAAUUCUAUUUUUAUUGUAAUAAAGUUUUUGAGCCAAUACUUCAGUAUGCCAGUUUAAUAAUGCUUAUCAGAUCUUUAGUUAAUGUUCAUCUAAACUUUCCUCCUCUAUAUGUUUUACAUAUAUUUUCUACUGCCCCUCAGUUAAAUAUGUUUUAUUACUCAAAACAGAUUAUUUACAUUACAAUAGAUUAUAUUAUUUGCAUAUGUUACAAUACUUCAUUUUUUAUAUUCUUUAUUUUAAAUAUUUGGUAUUUGUUUUUGCGGAAGAUUAUAUCCAAGUUGCUCUUUUCUAUUCAAUAGAAGUGAGUGUUGAUAAUGGUGUUCAAGCUGAAAAGGCAGUUGAUUAAAUCUUUUCACUUCUGUUCUAACGGUUAAAUCUCAUUCACAAGUUUUGGGCAACAUGACAGUGAGUAAACAACAACCGAAAUGUAUUAAAAAAUUUUGGUUGAACAAUUAGUGUGUCUAAAUGGCAUUUAAUCAUCUUAAUGUCAUAAUGGAGCAACACACAGCUCUUUGAACUCAUAUUGAACAAGUAAUUUGUUUAGUGUACUGCUUUUGUUAACUACUAGGGGGAGCAGUUGACCACAAAUACAUAUCAAUAUUAUACCUUUUAAAUGGGCAGUAUUUUUGUUGUCACAAUACUUUUAAUGCUUGAUUUCAUUAUGGUGUUUCCAGGGAUGACUAUUUGGAUCCGGACUGCUGUUUUCAGACAGGUCAUAAUUUAUUGUGCUGUAGAUGAUGACCACAAGAACAAAGCCUCCCCUCCUAAACAUAGUGAUGCUUGCUGAAGUCUAAGCCUCACCAAUACUGUUUCUGUUUCAUACUUAGGUUUUGCUAUUGGAACAAACCGCUAACCUGACUAUUAACAUUAGCAUGUAGCUCAUCCUCAUCACUGUUUAUGGUUCUGUUGUGUUUCAUGUUUGUUCUGAGAAUAGACAUGACUUUCUUUUUCUCACUUGGAUUUCUCCACAACUUGUAAUAAUCAGAGGCAAUAAAUACUAUUUCAAAGAUA